AUGGUUAGAAGUGCUAAUUUGGUUGGGCAAUCAAUUAUUGCUUUUUUACAAAAGAAAGGAUAUCCUGAAUUGGCGUUACAUUUUGUUAAAGAUGAAAAGACAAGAUUUGGAUUGGCUUUGGAAUGUGGAAAUCUUUCGAUAGCAUUAGAAGCAGCUAAAGUACUUGAUGAUACAGCUGCUUGGAAUGCUUUAGGAGAAGCUGCAUUAAUGCAAGGAAAUCAUCAAAUUGUUGAAAUGGCAUAUCAAAGAACUAAAGAUUUUGAACGUUUAGCAUUUUUAUAUUUAAUAACUGGAAAUGUUGAAAAAUUACAAAAAAUGCAAAAAAUUGCACAAAUACGUAAAGAUGUACAUGGACAAUUUCAAUGUGCUUUAAUGUUGGGUGAUGCUGAGGAAAGAACUAAAGGUUUUUUGGGGGUUCUUUGUAUGGGAAGAUGGUCUACUGGGUACAAGAAUUUGGCAUUUUUUUGGUACUGUUUGAUAGAGGACCCCCGACUUUCUAUUGCGAAGUUGGGUUUGUUUUUUGGCAAAAUUAUUUGGGGCCGACUUUUAACAAUUCAAAGUUUGGAAGUGUUUGAGUAUAAGAAAAUGAAAAUGUUGUGUUGCUUAUUAACCCUAUGCUCCAUACUCUAGCGGUCCAACUUUGAACUAGCUUUGCAAAAAACAAACCAAACUUCUCAAUAU